CUAAAUUUCACUCCGUUCCGAUUCAGAACUGUUCGAACCUCCGCCGGUGAAAUUGCUUACACACUACAGGUAUUGACGAACUUCGCCAUCUCCGUCACCGACGAUGGAUUCUCCGGCGAACACAAUCAAUCCGUACAAGCGUCUCAAGGAAGAGUUUGUGAGCAAUUUAACAGGAACUUCAAUGACGGAGUUAUUCCUUCUCAUUACCACUCUCUCGAUGCUCCUCUUUCUACGUUCGGUAUAUUCCAGUUCCAAAAAAGAGACCUUGUCAAAGAAAGAUGAUAACGUUAAUGCAGUUGUUUGUAAGAAGAACAUGGGAUCACAUCUUGCUUCAGCGACUCUUGACGUCCUCUGCAUUGUAUUUCCAGUCAUUUUAUGUUUAACUAUUCUGGCAGAUUGGACAUAUACUAAUGCAGUUGGGAUGACCUUAUUGGUGACAUUCUUUAUUUUAGCUAGAAGAUCUGGAUUUUCUGUUUCUCAGGAAGAGGGGGUCCGAUCUCUUAGGACAAAUAUAUCUGCAUACAGGGUUGCUAUGAAUUUUCUGACAUGCAUAUGUAUUCUGGCUGUUGACUUCAAGAUAUUUCCUAGAAGAUAUGCUAAAACAGAGACCUACGGUACUGGCUUGAUGGACAUUGGAGUAGGUUCGUUUAUUGUGGCAAAUGCGUUGGUUUCACGACAAGCACGUGGAAUUGCAAAAACGAAUUUGAGAAAUGCAAUUUCUUCAACUUGUCCACUCAUAGUCCUGGGGUUUGCUCGAAUCUUUUUCACUUCAAGUGUUGAUUAUCAGGUUCACGUUGGUGAAUAUGGUGUGCACUGGAAUUUCUUUUUCACUCUUGCUGGUGUAGCAAUUUUGACAUCGAUAAUUAAUCUUCAACCGAGUUAUUGUGGAAUUCUGGGGUGGUUUAUUCUAGUAGUAUAUGAGGUCAUCCUGUUGCUUGGGCUAAAUGAAUAUCUUCUUUCAAAUGAACGAGGACAUGACAUCAUCAGUCAAAACAAAGAAGGGAUUUUUAGCAUUUUUGGUUAUUGGGGGUUGUACCUUGUUUGUGUCCAACUAGGCAACUAUCUUUUCUUUGGAAAACCUGGAGAUGCUGUGUUGAGGACAAACGAUUGGGCAAGGAUUAGAGUCUGGAUUAUCUGUCUUCUAUUCUGGUUGUUGACCGUUUUGCUAGAUAGGCAUGUUGAGAGGGUUUCUCGCAGAAUGUGCAACCUGGCUUAUGUUACUGUAGUAUUGGCUAUGAACCUUCAGGUUUUUGCAGUUUUAACUCUAGCUGAUUAUGUACCUGGAUAUAAAGUUGCUGCAUUGAUAGAAUAUUUCGACCGAAAUCUACUGGGCUCUUUUCUUCUGGCUAACGUGCUAACUGGAAUGGUUAAUCUUUCCAUGGAUACCCUCUCUGUCUCACCAUUCGUUGCCCUUGCUAUCUUGGUUGGAUAUGCAUACAUUUUAUCUAUUGCCGCAGCAGUUGCACAUUUUUAUGGUAUUCGAUUGAAGUUUUGGUAGUGGAGCUUGUUCUAGUGUGUACUCUAAUUCAAAAUC